GCGCAGAAGAUCGUGCAUCAUUUUGGCGUACCAGUUUUGAGAAACUUUAGAAAGGGCUGUAGACUGAAUGUUGGGCGGUUUCAUAAACUUCAGGCAGAUGUUUCAAAGGAAUUGACAAUGGAAUCUCAAACAUCGACAAUGUUUAAGAAAUGUCAACCAGAAAAAGGCCUAGGAGUAUUUGUAUCUGCUUUCUCAUCAGGGCAAUUUUUAUGGCUGAUAUCUGCUGAAGCAGCAUUUGCUAGGGAAGACAUCAGAACAAAUGCGGUUUUCGAGAUCGGGGAGUUAUUUGAAUUAGGAAUACAGCUAUCUUAUCUUCUAUUACUAUUAGGUCUUCUUGGGGUCGGAACCUUCUUCGUUGUGCGUCAAGUCCUUGUUCGUAGAGAACUCGAUCUUUCUGCUAAAGAACUGCAAGAACAGGUGAGAAGUGGUGAUGCCAGUGCUAUGGAAUAUUUUGAACUUGGUGCAGUGAUGCUGAGGAGGAAAUUCUAUCCUGCUGCAACAAAGUUUUUGCUUCAGGCAAUUGACAAGUGGGACGGGGACGAUCAAGAUCUUGCACAGGUUUACAAUGCGCUCGGGGUCAGUUACGUGCGUGAUGAUAAGCUUGACAAGGGAAUUACCCAGUUUGAAACUGCUGUGAAGCUUCAACCUGGAUAUGUUACAGCCUGGAACAAUCUUGGGGAUGCAUAUGAGAAGAAGAAAGAAUACAAGUCGGCUCUGAAAGCGUUCGAAGAAGUUCUUCUUUUCGAUCCUAACAACAAGCUCGCUCGGCCGAGACGAGAUGCAUUGAAGGAGCGCGUGGAGAUGUACAAAGGAGUUCCUGUGAAAUCUAAAAAUAGAUGAUGAUGACCAUGGUCCUGGUAGCUUCUUCAAUUGAUUUUGUUGAAAAUGAGAAUUUAUAUUAUUAAUGUAUUAGAUGAGAAUUUUAGAGCUGAGGAUGAAAAAGUAUCAUGAUCAUUCUAUUGUUGUGUUUGGUGGCUUGAAAAAAAGGAAAAAGCAAAUGAAUGGGUAGCUUUGUUUUCUAAAA